GAAAAGAAAAGGGAAACGAGCGCGCCGCCGAUGGCGCGCGGGAUCGCGGGCUGCUACGCGGAUCGCGGUCGCCGUGGUGCACAUUUCGUCGGGGCCGCGAAUCAUGACGCUGACCCCGAGUCGCUCGUGACGAGUCGCUAUCCUCAAGGCCCCACGCUAAUCCGCUCGUACCUGUUGACAUGGUGAAGAUGGCAUAUGCACCACUCUCCAGGCUCGUAUCCAGAGACACGAUGUCCAGCAUAUGCCCGAUUAACAUAAAGCCCACCUUGUCUGAGGUGUUGGAAUCAGACUCGGUGAAACGGCUUUUCAAUCAACCAAACCUCGUCAUUAAGACAACACCUUUCAAACCAUUGGCCGAGGUAUCCGACGAGGGUACGCCCUGGCAUAAGAAGAACGGUGUGAGUACAAUGUUAAAUUACACAAGACCAUCCGAACUGUCGGUAGUCUCCGUCAGGACGGCGGAGGAGGAGAAGGAAGACGCCAAUCUGCUACCUUCGAAAAUAGAGCAUAAGAAAUCGGAGAUAGUUCUCUUUCCUAUUAAAAAGAAAUUGUGCGGUCAUUACGAGCCGUGCGAAAAUAUCGUUUGCGACGUGACGCUGCAGCAGUAUGCGGACAAGGAUGGCGUAUCGCCCAUGUUAGCGCUGAGCAUAGAAGAGAACGAGAUAAACGCGCCGGUUGAAAAGCACUGCGGAAACGAGAGUUGCGACGCGUUGAGCAUCGACCACAAUCGCUGCCGCCGGGCGAUAAUAAAGUUACACAGGUGCGACAGAUCGCACGCGUGCGACAUUUGCGGAGUAACGUUUAAGGAAUGGAUACCUCGGAUAUACCACGGGAAUUGCACGCGGAAGAAAGAGUACGUUCACAACAACGUGAACAGAUGGCAUUUGCAGAAGGAGCGGAUGCGCAUGCGGGAAUUGCAGAUCCUGGAAAACGCGAGGAUGAAGAGGCAUGAUUACUCGGAUCCCGCGAAAGCGAUAGAGACGCUGCGAAGAAACGAGGAGCUGAUAAUCAUUCCGCAAGGUGUAUCUAGUCAACGACCGAUUGUCAUCGCGACCUCGGUACCUAGCACUCAAUUGAUCAGCCCGAAUCUGAUUAACGCUCAAUCCGUCAAAAUUAAUUCGCAGUUGACCACGAAUAUGUUCGGAGGCGGGCCCCUCGCCAUUUCAUCGCAGAGCCUCGGCAGCGCGUUGUCUUCGGAGGGCAAAGUAAUGUCGACAAGUCGAGUGAGGUUUUCAAAUUUGCAACAAAAUUCCCACGUGGGAUCCACUUUGUUUCCGGCUGCAGUUCAAGCUCGAACUCGGGUACCAGCUUCAGCCUCGGCUCCAGCUCUAACUCUAACGCUAACUUCAGUUCCAACUCCAGUUGCAACUUCAUCUCCAGCUUUAGCACCAGUUCAAACUGUAACUCUAGCUUUAGCUCCAAGUUCAGCUCCAGCUCCAGCCCCAACUCCAGCUGUAGCUUCAGCUUCAGCUUCGACUUUAACUCUGACUCUAGCCCAAAAUUCGGCUACAGUUCCACCUCUAGUUCCAGCUCCGGUUGCAGUUCCACCUCUAAUUCCAACUUCGGCUCCCGCUCCUGUUACCACUUCCUCAUCUGCUCCGGUUGCAUCUUCGCCUAAACAAUACAUUCGUCUCGCAGUUUCGCCUCAAACUACCACUGUUCAGCCUAUAGCGAUAAACAAUUGGAUUGUAUCACCAGCGCACAUUUUGACGACCAUGCCCGAUCAGUCUAAAACGUUCUUGGCGCCGGUACGCGUGGUGCCUAUAGCCAACUUGAUAAGCCCGCCGUCGUUGUUACAUCGUACGCAGGGUAUCCCAAAGUUCUGCAUUGUUGCAAAAAAUAUGGUUACACCGGCAACUGCUCCGAAAUCACCGUCCGUUCAAUCCCUAGUUAAUGCAGCCGCCGUUAUUGGUCCUAAGCAAGUAGCCAAUUCGAAUAUUCCGAUACGCAAUCCCACGUCAAAAGUGCGCAAAGCAUCGAAGUUGAAAGCGAAGAAGAAAUUCUUAUGCGUCUACUGCUCGAAAGUUAUCACCACUGAUUGGUACUUCAAGAUGCAUGUGGCGAAGCACAAGGGCGAGAAACUCUUCUUCUGCAACUUUUGCGACGAGUCCUUCAGCAAUACUUACGACAUGAGAAAGCACGUAACUAAUAAACACACCGGUCAGAAGGAGCUUGCGUGCGACAAGUGCAAUUAUACUUGCACGUCACUUGAUUCUUUCAAAAGUCAUAUCCGAACACACGCGAUAGGUCUCAAUAAAGCAGACGUCCAAUCGAAAAAGCAAAGAAGGUUGAAACUCUCGGAAGAUAAAAUAAGCCGUAAAUUAAUUCGUAACUCAUACAGAAGAAUAGUAAAAAGGGCGAGAUGCGAGGAUACAGCCGACAGUCCGAAUAAACGCGCCGAGAAGCAUAAUAAAUUGACAAUUAACAUAGGUGGCAAUGCGAAGAAAGAAUUUAAUUUCGUUUCGGUGAAAGAAAUUGUCGAACCUGAAAAUUUCCAACAAGAAUCUGCUAUCACAUCGAGAUAAACCGUGCAAUAUGUUUUACUUUUGACAUACAAACUAUUUCGCCAAAUAUAGUUCGUUAGACAGUUGUUUGUGUGCAAGAAGAUAAAUAUGUGGAGAAGAGCAAUUUCGUUGUGCAACCAAAAAGCGUUAAAUGUAAAAUGUUAAUAUGUGUGUAAUGGGUGAAGCAUAACUUGGGUAAAAAGAAUUUAAUGUUCUGAUUUCAAAAUAAUGAUUGUGCUCUUGAAUUCAUCGUGCAGCCUAAUAAUAGAGUGUAUGUGAAUCUCAUCGGUGUAGAUAUCUCUUGAUUUACACAGUCACACUUUCAACUAUUGUGUAAAUAAACACCGCGAUGAAUCUGAACUGCCCAGAUUUUUUUUUCGCGAAUGUAACAUUUGAAACUCUACUUUUACCGCAAUAAUUUACCGCAAUUAUCGUCUGAUAAUUGUAACGAUUUGUAAUUCGGUUACGUUUACACUAAUAAUUUUUUUACAUUCCUAUAUUAGAUACAAAAUAUGUAUAUAUUAUAUGUAUGUAACAUAUGC